AUGGACCCGUUCAAAGGUAUUUCUGGUGGACGCAGAAAGCGUAAGUCAAAGUCGGCGAUGGUUCAAGUCAAGCAAGAGCUUGGUAUUAAGGAAGAGCUCAAUGGAAGUGACGAUGUCGUGAACAUACCACGGCCGAGAGUUAGUGGAAGAUAUCGUGCGAAUUACGAAAGACCGGCCGACUUUGACUAUGACUUCGAUGAGGUAAAGGAUGAAGUCAAAUGUGAAGAAGAAGAGACGGGCAAAGAAAAGAACUCGACAUCAAGUGAACGAUCGAAUGAUGGUGCGGCCAACGUUGAUGACAACGAAGAGUCUGUGGGUGACGCCAUCGAUGUUCAACCACCGCAGUCAGUCGGCAGUGGGAAGACAUGGAAUGGAAGCUGCAAAGGACGGCACAAACGAGCGAUUCCCAGGAAUCAAGCGGCCAAAAAGCAGAAGAAGCACAAAUGCCAUGUGUGCAAUCAUUUGGCAAGUGACAAGUCUCACCUCAUAAGACACUUGCGAAUUCACACUGGAGAAAAGCCGUAUCAGUGUGAUGUUUGCUCGAAAUCAUUUGCACAAAGGAGUAAUCUGAACCAUCAUAAGAAAACGCAUGGCCAAUUCCGUUGCGCAAAAUGUAAUAAAGGAUUUGAGCAGGAAUCAGCCAAGAUCGACCACGAAUUGUUAUGCAAUCCAUGUCGAUUCGAAUGUGAUGUUUGCGGAUAUAGAACGAUCAACAAAUCAGAUUUGACAAAACAUAUGCGAACUCACACCGGGGAAAAGCCGUUCAUGUGCACAAUUUGUUUCAAAUCGUUUACAAGCAACGCUAAUCUUCAAACUCAUUCAAUGACUCACAAAGAUGAACUGCCAAAUAAAAUGAAUCCAUUCAAAGGUGUCUCUGGUAGACGCUGCAAGCGCAAGUCAAAAUCGACAAAGGUUGAAGUCAAGCAGGAGCCUGGUGUCAAAGAAGAACUCAACGACGAUAACGAUGUCAUGAACAUACCACGGCCGCGAGUUGAUGGGAGAUAUCGUGCGAAUUACGAAGGACCGUUCGACUUUGGCUAUGACUUCGAUGAGGUAAAGGAUGAACUCAAAUGUGAAGAAGAAGAGACGGGCAAAGAAUGGGAUUCGGUACCUCGUGAAAGGUCGAAUGAAAGCGCCGAUGCCAAUGAUGAUGACAACGGGGAGCCAAUGGGUGGCACAAGCGAUGUCCAUGUACCUCAACCAGUUGAGAACGGGAAGAAACAGAAUGGAAGCUCCAAAGGACGAAACAAACGAGCGAUUCCCAGGAAUCAAGCGGCCAAAAAGCAAAAGAAGCACAAAUGCCAUGUGUGCAAUUAUUUAGCACGUUGCAACGCUGAACUCAUAAGAAACUUGCGAACUCACACUGGAGAAAAGCCGUAUCAGUGUGAUGUUUGUUCGAAGUCCUUUGCACAUAAACAUCAUCUGAAAGAUCAUAAGAAAACGCAUGGCCAAUUCCGUUGUUCAAAAUGUAAUCAAGGUUUUGAACAAGAAUCAGCCAAGAUCGACCACGAAGUGUUAUGCAAUCCAUGGCGAUUCGAAUGCGAUAUUUGCGUAUAA